AUGAGUGCAAAACUCGGGUACACCACUCGCUGUACCAGGGGUGAAAACCAAAAUUCAGAUGAGGUAGAAACCCAAAACACACAAAAUGAUUAUGGAGAACAAAAUAGCAACCAUAAUGAGAGUGAACCGAGCACUUCACAAUCAGGGUUGCCAAAUUCAAUCGACUCGGUACAGAAUCAAACAGAACAGUUCCGUUAUCGAUCGAUAAAACCUCCUCAGGCAUCCCUACCGAAAUUUCACGGAGAUGCUGAAGAUUUCGCCGAAUACUGGGCAAUUUUCGAGACACUAGUUCACAAAAGCAAAGAGCUAGAUGUCAUAGAAAAAAUACUACUACUCAAGGAAAGCUUGAGAGGAAGAGCUCAGAUUGCCAUAAAAGGUAUAAAACUGAUUCCAGAAAACUACGACUGGAUCAUAAAAACAUUGCAGGAAACAUACUGCAAUAAAACCACAAAUAGGUCUCAAAUAGUCCAAAAACUGGUCAAUAUGAGACCAGCAAACAACUCCGCAGAUAGCUGUUCAUCUGUUUUCGAUCAAAUUCAAGUUUUGGUCAAUCAAAUGAUAUCGGCAGGAUAUGAUGUGCGAAAUACCUGUGACCCCAUAUGGUGCGAAACCAUAAUAGCGAAAUUCCCGCAGGACAUCAUAAAGCCUGUUCUGAUAUCUGGCCAAGCACUUGAGCAACAAACAAUCGAGGACCUUCUGGCGCAGAUAAAGAAAGAAGUUGCCGCAAAAGGUUAUAUCGAAAAUAGAUUGGGUCACUCAAUAAACAAUAAAGUGAGUACUUCAAAAGAGAAGUAUACCAGCCAGCGACCUCUAGCCAGUGAAUGGUGCUUAUUUUGCCACAAGGGUAAUCAUCCUCCAAUGUUGUGCAGAACGGUGACUGACCCCAACAGUCGGCGCAAAAUAAUAAAAGAUCAUAACAGAUGCUGGAAAUGCUGUUCACCUAACCACACCAGCUUUGAUUGUCAGAAACCAGACUGCUUCCAAUGCGGACAAAAGCACCAUCCCAGUCUAUGUUUUAAUAAAGAAACAAAGCAACAGAAAAAUCAGGUGCCAGUAUGGAAUUCAAGUCAAAGGAACAUAAGUGGUCAGAAUAACCGAAGACCAUUAUACGGACCAAAUCGCGACCGGAAAAAUCCGGCAAAUCAUAACGACGGAAGAAAGGUGACAUCGAAUAAUACUCAUGCAGGUGCUGAGAUAUUAUCUUCAGAUAGAGAAUCAAUAAAUAACGCAUCCCAGUUAGUUCUUAUGACGAGUGAAGGGAACAUUUGGAAUUGCAAUAAGAAAGAAUUUGAGAAAGUGCUCUUUUUCUUUGAUUCUGGAGCACAGAAAACGGUGAUCGAAGAACCACUAGCCGAACGUUUUGGUCUACCUCGAGAAACAACUGAAAUCUGUUCAAUGUCCGGAAUAGGUGGACAUAUUGAGAGCUUCAAAAGUCAUAUAGUACAUAUGAAAAUUGGUACGGCCUACGGUGAAGUGAUUGACAUGAGAAUUCAGACUAAACCCGUGAUCACAAACAGAUUUCCAAGUGUAAACCUAAGCGCAGUCGACAUCGAAUUUCUCAAAGAAAACAACAUUUGCCUGGCAAACACAAAGCUUAGAGGAGAACACCAAACCCCACAUAUUUUAGUGGGACUAGACUACUAUCAUGACCUAGUAACUGGUCCUUCUCACAUGGUAAAGACUCCCAGUGAUCUACAUAUCGCGAAAACCGUAUUUGGACCUGCAAUUUACGGAAAAGGAGCUGUUGGUGCAAAGAGCAAAGAAGAUAAUCUGUGCUACGGACUCACUGCUGUACAUGAGAACAGCGAACAAGAGAUCUUGAAAAAAAUGUUCGAACUCGAAGGUCUUGGUAUAUCAGCACAAGAAUGUCAAAAAGACGACAUGAUCCACAAAUACCUUGACGAAUAUUCAAAGAGAAUCUCGUCCGAACAAGAACGCAUAAUUGCUCCAUUUCCUUUGAAAGAAAACAUUUCUGAACUUGAAAAUAACUACGCUGUAGCUAUUCGCCGCCUGGAGUCAUUGCAAAAGAUGCUCCAGCAAAACCAUUUACAACGUGAAUGGUACAACAAAAUCCUCAAAAAUUACGAGGAAGCCGAAGUUAUCGAGCAUUUCGAAAACGCUGAAGCUAGCGCUGUAGGAGUCUACUACAUGCCGCAUUCAGCCGUUUGGAAAGCAAACAAGAAAACGCCUAUGAGAAUAGUUUUUGAUGCUUCCUCAAAACGAAAGGGAAAGCUAUCGUUAAAUGACGCGAUCCACAAAGGACAGUCAUUCAUUAACAAAAUUCACGACAUUUUGUUAGCAUCAAGAUGCAACAAAAUCAUUCUGAUUUGCGACAUUGAAGCCGCUUUCACUCAAAUUCACUUAGUCUCUUCAAAUAGAGACUUGUGCAGAUUUUUGUGGCUGAAAAACAUUAACCUUCCACCAACCAGAGAUAAUCUGGUACAAUUCAGGUUCAAAAGACUCCCUUUCGGAGUAACAGCAUCUCCAAGCAUUCUCAAUAUGUGUUUGACGGCAUUCUUGAACAGUCAAAACACGGAUCUUGCCGCUGAAAUUGGCAAGAACCUAUACGUUGAUAAUAUCAUGAUGACUGCCGACACUGCAGAGGAAGCUCUACAAAAGUGUCGAGACUCCAAGAUACUAUUCGCGAAAAUCGGUAUGAAUUUGAGGGAAUACAUAUCAAAUUCGAAUGAGGUUAACUCUCAAAUACCAAUUCAUGAUAGACUGGAAAAUGGCCCUCUAAAAUUUCUGGGUGUCAACUACAAUACAAUCCUAGAUAAUUUCAAAGUUAUGACACAUUUCCGACCAGUCAGUCAAAUAACCAAAAAGGAGAUCGUGAGUCAAAUAAACUCGGUUUAUGAUCCUAUCGGACUCGUUGCACCUCUACUAGUCAGACUUAAAGCGAUGAUGAGAGAAGUGUUUGAACACAAAGAUCUAGAAUGGACGGACGUCCUUGAUCCAUCCAUCUGUGAACGAUGGAACAAACUUUGCGAAAACGUCAAUAACGCAGUAAUCUCUGUCCCCAGAUCCAUCUCUCAAAAAGGUAGCAAAAUGCGCCUGUGGGUAUUCGCCGACGCUAGCAAUGUGGCGAUAGCAACAUGCUAG